AUGGCCAGCUCUCAGUCUGACACUGAUGGUGUACUAGGUUACGCAGCAAUAUUUGAUGGGGAAGCAGACAGGAAGUAUCUAUGUCCAAUAUGCCUCGUCGUGAUGCGGGAUGCCGUGCAGACAUCUUGUGGUCAUCGAUUCUGCAGGGUUUGCAUCCUUAAAGUUGCUGGUGGCAAUCCCCUCUGCAAAUGUCCAGUUGACAACACCUACUUUGACUUUGAUGAUGAGAUGUUUCCUGACAUUGCCAUACAACGAGAGAUUCUGUCGUUGCCGGUCAAGUGUAACCAGGUGGCUGAAGGAUGCCCCUGGGUAGGGGAAUUGAGAAAUCUCGAGACCCACCUUGAAGGUUGUGACUACAUUGAGAUAGAGUGUGAGUUUGGCUGUUCCCGAGGACGCUUGCUGCGGAGGGACAUAGAUCUGCACAAGGAGACGUGCGACAAGCGUCCCACCAUAUGUACACAUUGCAGUGAUCAGAUGCCAUACAGUGAAAUCACACGUCACCAGUUAUUGGAGUGUGACAAGCUGCCAUUGAAUUGUACGCAGUGCGGUCGAGCGGGGAUCAUGCGGGGUCGUAUACAGUGUCACCUUGACAACGACUGCGCUCAUGCCAUUGUUAAUUGUCAGUUCUGGAAGUAUGGCUGCAAGGUCAAGGAGAAACGAAUGAACAUAUUUGAACAUGACACACAGUCGGCCAGUAGGCAUAUCAAACUCCUGGAAAAGCAUGUAAGCAUGCAAGACCAAACUAUCGAGGACCUGAAGAACCGUAUGAAGUCCAUCUGCAGAACCGCUAUCGAUACAAAUUUUGAGAUGUCAGGUCGAUUGCAGUGGAAAAUCGAGGUUGUACCUGGGGAAAACAAGUAUCGAAGUCCUUCAUUUUAUACCGGUUACCCUGGAUACAAGCUUCACCUGUCUUUGGAAAAGAAGGGUCACAUUGAACAAGAUCAGGCCUAUGCAUCGCUGUUCGUAAUUCUUGAAUCAGGGCAGUUUGAUAAUGAUCUGUUUUUCCCGCUUAAUGCGGUUUGCAAGGUAAAAGUGCUGAGCGAAUUUGUCGAGCCUGUCGAAACCGUGAUUCAUUGUGAAAACAUCCCCAGGAGCUAUUAUGAACGAGAGAUCUCUAACUGCCAGCGAGGACGCCUUAGGUUUAUGCACACUAAUAAACUAUUCAGUGCCGACUAUUGUACCAAUGAUUGUAUUUACAUGGACAUUAAAAUGAAAAUGUGA